AUGGCCUUGGCCUUGCGGAUAAAUUUAUUUUCCAAAGGAGCCGUCAAUUUUGUAUUACAUACAUCCACUACACCAACGGGAAACUCAACCAGACCUCCCUUCGACCCCAGCAACCCCAUAAAAAUAAUCCAACCGCCAACGCCAACCUGGACCCUAGGUGACGGCGCAACCCAAAACAACAACGAGCGGAAAAACCACAUCUCAAUCAACCCGCACUCCCCAACCCGUCCGCCAAGCAAAAACUACCAAUUUCUCAUAUCAAGCAUUAUCCCGCGACCCAUCGCCUUAAUCAGCACCAAAUCAAAUGACAUGCUUAAUCUAGCACCAUUCAGUUACUUCCAAGUCAUAAACCACGACCCGCCAAUGUUCGUGGUUAGUUUUACGCCUACUAACCCCGACAAGGGUGGGAAGAAGGAGAAAGAUACACUCCGAAAUCUGAAAGAGACGGGUGAAUGUGUGAUUAAUCUUGUUUCUGAGGAUAUUCUUCAAGCUGCGAAUGCGACGUCUAUAAAUUCCCAGUACGGGGAGUCGGAGUUUGAGAUUUCGGGGCUUACGCCGCUGUUCGGUUUGGAGACUGUUUGUGUACCUCGUGUCAAAGAGGCGAUUGUUUCGAUUGAAGGACGGUUAUUAGAAACGAAAGAAAUAAAAAGUCGUGCGAAUCCGGAUCGGAAUGGAGUCACGACAUUGGCGAUUAUAGAAGGAACAAGGUUUUGGGUUCGUGAGGAUGCGAUUGAUUCCGAAGAACAGAGUGUGGUGGACGUAAAUGUGCUGAGGCCUGUCAGCAGACUAGGUGGGAAUACGUAUGGAAGGGUUACUGAGGUUGUCGAAAUUAAGAGACCGGUUGAUAGAUCGUAG